AUGGUUUUUAACAAACAAAGUCUCGAUGAAAAGGUUGCUGAAGAGCAACGCCAAUUAUGCAGUGAAACUUUGUAUGAGGAUUAUGGACAAUUUCAACGUCCAGAACGUAGUGGAGCGCUUUUAUCAUAUACAUCAAGUGAUACAAAAUAA